CUAACUGCGGUUAACUUGCCGCAGUUCACUUACCGCAGGCUUGCGCCACUUGAUGCCCCCACAUCCACACACGCGCGCACGCACGCACGCAUUCCACCAGUGACUCUCUGCUGUGAUCGCCUUGCUUCCAGAAACGGACGAGCUUUUGGAUGUAGCAGCCGGUGCCUCCGUUCAGCGAUGGUGUGAAGAGCUGCUGGCGGUAAGCUGGGCUUUCCACUGUGUACUGAUAGAUCCAGGUUCGAGCGCGUGACGGGCUCAGGAUUCAACAGCUUCUCAGUGCUCGCGCUGCCUGUUGGCGGGUGACUCACGCCGGUAAGAAGGACCACCGCGGAGGAGACGGUGCGCUUUGUCAUUCAUUUCGCUCUCAGCUGCAUUGGCGUUAACGGAGGCUUCAACAGCAGCCCCGACAGCUGGAGUUAAUGAGGGACCAGUUAUACAGAAAUGUCAAUCCCUUCCAGUUAGCGACAACUCAACAAUGAUGGGGAUAUAAAGGAGAGUCUGCAGCUCUCCUCUCAGGGACAGUCUUCUGCAGUCCUUCUCUGGUCAGGGGCCUGCCUGGCAUCUCUCAUCCAUAUCAUUCCUCUUUCCAUCCAACCAUCCUUCCCCCUGUCAUGAAAGGCCUGUCCAGUAGUCGGAGUCACCAUCACGUGGUCUCCUAUGAACCAUCAUAUGAUCCACUGGGUCACCAUGUUGACCGCAAGCCAUAUUUGAUCAGUCAGAAUGACAUGCCUGUGCCCAUUCCCAUGCCGCAUCCAGCUGAGCUGCCCUACUACAAUGCUCAGCGUACCUCAUACCCCUCUGACAGCAACAGCAUCGUCCCAUACGGAACCUUCCCAAGGAGGUGCCUCUCCACCUCCUCAUCUCACCAUCCUGAGGUAAAGGAUGAGUGUAUGGCCAUGGUACCAUAUGUAGGAGGAGGAGGAGGAGGAGGAGGAGGAGGAGGAGGAGGAGGAGGCUAUGGAGGUAAAACGCCCACCCGGGUACCAGCAAACUUUGCGGACCCGUUUGAGCGUCAGCUGUCAUUUUCCAGAGAUGGCUAUCAUACACUGCAGUACAAACGAGGAGUGCUGGCCCACAGUGGGGGGAUGGGGGCCAACAACAACGACAGCCCAGGGAGAAUUCGCCACCUUGUCCACUCAGUCCAGAAACUCUUCACCAAGUCACAUUCAUUGGAGGGGCCACACCACACACAGCCCUCCAAGGGGGCCAAUAAUGGGAGCGUUAAUGGUAGUGGUGGUGGUGGAGGAGGUGGUGGUGGUGGUUCAAGGGCCAGCCCAGAAGGUGAAACUCCACCAGUGGGAGUGCGCCACCGGAAGCGCAGCAAGAGCCGUGAGCGCUGUCGAUCAGCGGAGCCCAAGCAUCGAAGCCACCACCACCACCACCACCAGCUUCACGGCUCAGCAUCUGCUCCGGGCUCCGGAUAUUGGAGCUCAGAUGACAACCUGGAACGGGAGCUGUGUCUCUACCACCCUCACCACCACCAACCUCCACCCUCACCCUCACCCUCCAUAUCCCCCUCUCCCAUCGCCAUGACAAUGGGCCGGUACCCUGGCAACAACCCCGACAAGUUCCCCCAGACUCCCCUCCCCAGUCUCUCCUCCUCGCAGUCCCAGCAGUACUUCAUGAUGGACCCUUACGGCACACUCAACGAGCACACACACACCCACGCACACCAUGGCCACACACACCACCAUUCUGCACUCAAAGCCUCCCGGAGCAACAAUGAUGUGAAGUAUGCAGUGUCGUCGGCAUGUGUGCCAGUUAGUGGUAGCAGCAAUAACAGCGGUGGCGGUAUCGGUGGAGGAAGUGGCCCCUUGCUGCCACUGAGUCUUGUGGACGGGCCCCUUGUGAAGAAAGGGGCAUGGUCGUCGAGCCUAACGGUGAGCAGGGCCCGAGAGGUCUACACCAACAACAGCAGCCACAACCAGCUACGAGCCAGCGCAGGAUCCGGUAACCUAAACCUAGAUAGAGCUCUAGUCAAAUCUAAGGGCAGUCAGCAACAGGAGCGCUCUUGCCAUUUCUUACAGGUACCUCAGGAUGAGUGGAGCGGCUUCUCUCCUCUGGGGAAGGAGGACGACAUCCCCUGUCGGAGGAUGAGGAGUGGCAGCUAUGUCAAAGCCAUGGCUGAGGACGACAGUGGAGACUCUGAUGGGAGUCCCAAACCCUCCCCCAAAAUCCAGGCACGCCGGGCCAGCUACCUGAAAGCCACACAGCCAUCACUGACUGAGAUGACCACUCUACAGAUUUCGACGGAGCACUCCCCCAAACUGCAGAUCAGGAGCCACAGUUACCUACGUGCGGUGAGUGAGGUUUCAAUCAAUAGAAGCCUCGAUACCCUGGACCCCAAAACCCUCCUCGACCCCAAAUCGCUGCUGUCCUCACCCCAAUACCGCUCACGCAAUGAAAGCUACAUGAGGGCCAUGAGCACCAUCAGUCAGCUGAGUGAGGUGGAGGUGAACGGGCAGAUUGAGCAGGUGUGUGAGCAGGUCUACAGUGAGAUGCAGUCCCAGGCCAUGGAGGCUGCCAUGGACAGCAUGGACACCAUGGACACCCUGCCUAUGCCAGGAUGCUUCCGAAUGCGAAGCCACAGCUAUGUGAGGGCGAUCGACCAGGGCUGUGCUGGGGAGGAGGAAGGAGAAGGAGGGAGACCACUGCUCCUGCUGCCAUCCUCCCCACCACGCACAUCUGCCACCACCGUCAGGACCAUCCAGAGCAGCACAGUUUCAUCUUGCAUCACCACCUAUAAGAAAACCCCUCCACCAGUGCCGCCCCGAACUUCCACCUGCUCCACAGCCUCCAAGCCCUACAUCUCCAUCACAGCCCAGAGCAGCACAGAGUCCGCACAGGAUGCAUACAUGGAAGAGGAGGGACCCAGAGGUGACAUGACCAUUCAAUCAGGCCUCAGUAACUCAACGGAAAGCAUUGACAGCAUGAAGGCCUUGACAGCUGCCAUAGAAGCUGCUAAUGCACAGGUCCAUGGACCAGCCAGUCAGCAUGUCAGUAACAGCACAAUGACAGUCAGCAUCCCCACCCCCUCAGUCCUGAGCAGGGGGCCAGUUGUUGAAGACCACCGGGAUGGAUACAGGAAAGAAGCACUCAGGAAAGGCAAAUGUCUCUCCAUAGGCAUCCAGGUGGAUGGACCAGAGGAGGUUCCGGAUCCAGAGGACCCAUCCAAGUUCACCUCUGUAGGGGUGCAAGUGGAGGAUGACAGAGGGUAUCGUCGUUUCCAGCGCUCCAACAGUGUGACAGCAGCUGUACAGGCAGAUCUGGACAUGCCGGACCUGCUAGACACCCCUCUAGACUCCCCGGACACUGACAUGGAAGUCCUGUCAUCUGGUGCCAUCUCUCGACAAUACUCCCGUGAUGCCACCACCUCCACAGUCAGCAUCCAGGGCUCAGGGAACCACUACCACGCCUGUGCCUCCGAUGACUAUGAGGAUGUGGGCUUCGACCCGUCCAUCCUCCCCCCUCCAGACCCCUGGAUAGACAGUGUAACAGAUGACCCACUUGAUGUCAACUUCAACAGCUCUACUAUUUUGGAGGUGGUGCAGCGCUCAGUGUGUCAGAGAGAUGGACGCUGGUUUCUGAAGCUGCUGCAGGCCGAGACCGACCGCAUGGAGGGUUGGUGUCAACAGAUGGAGCUUGACCAGCGGGAGAAUGACCUCCCUGAAGAUAUCCUCGGGAAGAUGAGGAGUGCUGUAGGAAGUGCUCAGCUUCUGAUGUCCCAGAAGUUUCAACAGUUCAGGGAGCUGUGUGAAGAGAAUCUGAACCCCAACGCCCACCCUCGUCCUGUGGCCUCAGACCUGGCUGGUUUUUGGGAUAUGCUUCAGCUGUCAAUCGAGAACAUAAGCCUCAAGUUUGAUGAGCUUCACCAGCUCAGAGCCAACAACUGGAGACCUCUGGAUCCCCCCGAGAGAAAGGAGAGGCGGCUCCCGCCUCCGGUGCCAAAAAAGCCACCCAAGGGCCCUCACCACCACCCCCCUCUGGCCAGAGACCGCUCACUGGAGAGCUCAGAGAAGCAGCGGCAGGAGGCCAGGAAGCGCCUGAUGGCUGCCAAAAGAGCCGCAUCCGUACGGCAAAACUCCGCUACGGAGAGCGCUGACAGCAUUGAGAUCUACAUCCCCGAGGCUCAGACAAGACUAUGAGGACACUACCAGGGACACACACAGGAUUGACAUGGAGUACACACACACACACACCAUACACAACACAACACGAACCCAAAAACGUAUGGUUGUCCACACCGAGGUCUAGGGGUGUAACCGAAUAUGAAUACAUUAUUUGGAUAUGCAUAGAUCAUGCUCUCUGAGCAGAUACAAAAACAAUCCGAAUCGUUGCAGUAAUAUUCUUCUGAGUCAUAACUCAUAAACACGCGGACAUCGUACACAACUUGCUACAAUCAGUGGAAUUCACUCUUCACAGUGGUGUCCAUAUCUCCGAUGUCCAUCAAGGACAGACGUCCAUAAAUGUGUUUAGAAGUCAUUAAAAAAAGGCCUCAUAACUUCAUCACAUCUGGUCUCAUAAUCUCAGAUUCAGACUUUUUCUUCAGUUCUUCUUCAUCGUGCAGUGCAGAAUAAAGUCUGGCUGAUGUUCCACAGGUGUUAUUUUUACCUCAUAAUCACAUAUUGAAGCCUGACACUGUGCCACUUGACAGGAGACGGGAUACUGAAGAGCUGAAUCCAGUGACCUUAUAAGUGCAUGCUAAAGGGAGCUUACACAUUUUUUUUGUCAAUAUCUUUCUCAUUUUUAAUAGACAUUUCAAAUAAAAAUUAUUUUCAUCGGGACCUCCUUCCAUUGCAUGCACAAAUAUAUUAUAAAUAUAUAUGCAAUAGGGCCCCAUGAGCUAUUAUGAAUAUUAUUUUGUCACUAAUUUUCUCAUUUUUCAUCAGAGACAUUUCAUACCAACUAUAUAUUAAUCAGGGCCUCCUCCCAUUUUUAAAGAAAAUCAUGCAAUAUGGCCCGAUGCACUGACCUCCCGUUCUGUUUUUACUGUUGGUUUCCACCGGGACCAUUAGCUUGAAUUUAGACUCACUUUUCUUCUUUUUUUGAAGGUGGAAUCCAAAUACAAAUCACAUUUCAUUAUUCGAUUAAUUCAGGUACAUGGUUAAAAUAUUAUAUCAUUUAGUUGGCAGUUAAACUUAACUUAGAGUAACUUCACACCAGGCUGAAAAGCAGUGUUUGCUGCCUCCUGUUUCACCUGUAACCACACCCAACAGUGAUGUCACAGGGUCUUGAAGUACACCUGUUCAUCACUGCAGCAAGGUGAGAAGGUCAGCAAAGACUGUUAAGUUACUCUUUAAAGAUAUAUUUAUGAGGAAUAUAAAUAGCAGUAGAAAACAAUUUAAUGCUACAAAAUGAAGCAGACUAGACAAUUGCUAGCAACUUCCAGUAUACAGGAAACCAAGGCCACUUCUGGAAUAAUCCGAACUCAGAUACAAAUACAGACAAUGUUGUGACAUAAACAGAUAUCGAGACAGAUAGGGCUGCCCCCUAAACGUCGAUGAUUCAAAUCAUCAGUCGAGAACCCCCUGAGUCGACGCGCAUUUUGUCACUCGAAUCAUUGCACAUAUAUCUAUAUAUAUACGCAACGCAGAAUAACAGCAUGGCAGGCUGUAAACUUUGCUGACGUCUUGUCUGAAAAUGACCUAACUACAAAACGAACUGUAACGGAAACAGAGAAGGGCAGCGGGACAUGUCCGUUGGCUGCUGCGGCGCUCUCUGCUCCAGGGCGGUGAAGUCAGCUGUUGUGUAUUGAUGAAAAAACAUCUGUAAUAAUGUUGAGUACUUAUUAAACGGAAAACAUCUAUUGAUAAGAAAAAGCACGAACCACAAGCACAUUACAAAUUAAAAUACAGAAGUCGACCCCUUCCCAUAUACAGACCGGAGCUUUGCAUUACACCCCUGCCAAGCUAUGUGCAUUUGAAUUUCCAAGACUCUCACGAUCCUGGAUACUGUGCCCCUCAGUUGACUAUGACCUGAAAGAGCUGUCCAAACCUCUGAUACACCAAGAUGUCAUAGUGUGGACCCAUGGUUUAGACACACGCAGCAUACCUGUAAAGUUGGAACACUGCCUUUGAAUACAUGUGUCCAACUUCUAAUAAUUGAGGCCAAUUAUCAUAAUUGUUUUAUAAAGCCACAGCUACAGUCUUACAGUGGUGCUCCAUAACAUGUGUACUCUAUCGUCAGAAUAAAUCACCCCCUAAAUUGAGCUGGAGUUUCAGCCACCUUAAAUUUGCAUUUUUCUGAGAAGACUUCUUGUCCCUCUGCUGAGGAAGGUCAUGUGACCUGAUCAGAAGCACUAAACCAGCUACUGAUUGGACCUUGUGGCGAGAUUGUUUUGUCACCUACUUGGCUAAUGGUUGCUGGAUCACCUAACAGUGUCUGAAGACAAGCUCAGGGAGGCAGCGGGCUGCGAUGACAGGCUUUUCUCCCCGCCUUCCAGCGUCGUUUGAAGCAUACUAACGCUUUACGGUUAAAAGAAGCCAACUCUGACUCGGUAGGAGAUGAGAUGCCAACCGCGGCCUCCGGUGUCAGAGUCAGACGCGAGACGCUGCAGAGUGGUGGCGGUGUGUUUUCAGCCUUCCGGGUUUGCUCAGAUCAUACAGGACUUGGUUUGACUUUUGGGAGACGUUGACGGUUUUGUCUGUGGGUCUUAUAAUAUUACACAAACACAUAUACUGUAUGUACAGAGGUGAUGGACAAUCUUACACACACACAAACACACAGCCAUUAACUUGUGUCACAUGACAAGACUUCACAUGCACACUGAUAAACACUCACACAGACUCAACACAUCAAACACUCACCUUUAAUUCUUUCAGGUGUGUAUGGACAGUGCAGGCUGUUGUAACAGAAAAACAGUGUCUCUCUCUUCCCUCCGGAGGAGAGAACGCCAUGAUCACUGUUUAUCUUUCAUCUUCCUCUCCAUCUCCACACCACAUCAGUUCUUUGUUGAAUUUAGGAACUGAUGUUGAUGACUGCCGGUAUUUUCUUCCUCUAUAGUGAACCCUCUUCAAACAGGGUCAGAAUUUUAAAGGAAAAUUCUGUUAUUUUACAAACUUUGAUGUAUUUUCAUAGUUUUGGACAUCAUUCUUUUUAGUUGUGAUCAUUUUUUACUCACCAGUUUCACGGUUAUAUUACGGGGUCACAGGCCACCGCAGACAGGAGCCAUCAGAGUUUACCCAAGUUUUCUAAAACACUUGACUCAGAAUCGAAAAGGGGAUUGGUUUCAAAACUGUGUGAUGGCUCGUGCGGUUGCCCCAUCUGUAUUUCAGCAGUUCAGCUUUUGAUGACCAAAACUCGAAAAUAAAAGUUAAGUUGUAAAUAAACAGAAUUUUAUUUUAAGCCUGCUUGUGUAACAGAAAGACAUCAAGUGAAUUAUAAAGUGCUGAUACUGUCAGUGACACUAUGUUAUAGCGGAAACAAUGCCUGUUAAUAUUGGGCAGUGAAUUGAUCGGGGUGCUUGUAUGCUUCACCUGUGCACAGGUCACACCUUUUCUCCCUCUUUGGUUGGAUCUCACGUCCUUUCUCCUUCUUGGAUUUAAAGGUGAUUUGUCUUUUACAGGGUACAUUUACACUUAAGCAAUACUUAGUGGAAAUCAUGACUUUUAUGGAAGUGCUCAGAGAUUUACUAUGUAACACAAAACCCCAUAAUUAAUAAGAUGGAAUGAGACUGAAUCGAAUAUGCAGUGUAGUAUUAACUGAACAAAAUGACAAAUAGAUUUUCAGAAGUACUGUUUCAGUGGUCCCAAUUAGACAACACAUGAGAAUGACAGCUAAAUAUAGCCUUCAUUCAUAGCUUUUUGUCAACCAACGAGCUGUACAGAGAUGAGAAUUUGUUUUAAUCUACACUGCAUCUUUGACCAAUUUUGAAAUCUUACAGAAAUUACCAGGUGAUAUGAUUAUGUCUGAGGUGGCCUGACAUUAUUAUCUGUUGUACAGUAUCUCAGUUUUUCUACGUUGCUGUCAUGGUUCUAGCUUCAGGAGGCAGUUUUGAGUGUAAUAUUUCCUCCCAAAUGUUACUGAGAGGUAGCUGAACUCUACUGAUGAGGACCUGGUCACAUCAAACAUGGGCAAGUUGAGAUUCCUUCACACGUCAUUGUGAUUGCAGGCAGUGGCAGAAGGAAGAUAGCAAGCUAGCUAUCUCGCCAAACUAAAAUGCCAGCUAUGAAGUGUAUAGAACGUGCUGAGCUAAAGAGAUGGCUCCUUUUCUUUCGGACUGUGCUGCAUCCUCCUCGGGGGUCAGGACAGUCGAGGCAUCUCUGCUGCUGGUUUACAGACUUAUGUCACAGCAGAAUUCACCAAAGAAUUUGAUGUGAAAACAGUGAACAAGUAUAUUUUGUGACCAUCCACUGCUCAUGAUGAUCCCCUUCAGCUGAAUUACAUUUAGUGGAAAAUAGCAAAUGUCAUAAAUGUUAGUGUGACCAGGCUCUCCGCAUAUAAGUUUCUGUGUACUAUUUUAGAUUAUACUUUAAAAGGACUAGUAGUCAAGGGGGAACUGGCCAAUCUUUUUCUACUUACCCAGAGUCCUUUUUUCCUGUGCAUGCUAUUUGAAAGAAUGUUAGAAUGAGCCGCUGCUUAGAUAAAACUCCAGAAAUCUACAGGCACAUUCAGCAGAGCCACCCAGAGCUGAGAGGUUUACACCUGGCUUUAAGUAGCUGUUGAUCCCGAUGUUUGCGUUGCUGAGCGUGUCGUUGUCCUGUGUCUAAGUGUUUGUUUGUGUGACUCUGGCUAAGUAGGAAGAAUAGUUAACACCACCAAAACUGUCCAUGCACUAUCUAACUGUCUUCUGCGUUAGAAUGACAGGAGCAGAAAUGACAAUAUGGCUGGAUGACAAAAAUACAAUGUGAAAUAUUCUGGUUUUGCUUAUAGUCACAAGAUUAAAUAUAACUAUGGUUUUUGAGUUUUGAAGAGGUGUGUUAAGCCGGCCAGAGUAGUAAAUAUGAAAAUUAGACUUUUGAUAUGGGCAUCUAACCUUAAAAAUGAAACACAUAAAUGUUAAUGUUACAAAUACAUUCAAGCUGUUACUAGCAGUUGGUUGGCAAUACAUUUAGCAUCAAAAUAUUCUUUGACCCUACUAAUGAAUUCCACUGCAUUUUCAGCAACGUCGUGGACAUUUACCUCUCCGCUGCAUAAAUCCCAGAAAAAAAUGGCAUUUCUUGAACACUAUGCAACCAAAUAUACCACUGCUCUAUAUAUCAAUUAAAAAUUCUUUAAAGUAUGGUAUUUAAUUAACUCCCAGGCCUAUAAUAUAUGCCUCUACAGAUACACAUGAUCAUGAUGACACAUUAUGGUAUAUUUUAUUGGUAUUCAUACAAUGAGUAUUAACCUUGGCUCUCUAUAUGUGACAGUACAGUACAAAUAGACGAGUUUAAAUUAGAGGCCGACCGACGUUAUGAGCCGAUAUCAGCCCACCGCAGAUACGUCAGCAGACGGUCGUCUGGUUUGUGCUGAUAUCAAACUGUUUUCUGUUCAGUACACUAGGCAGGGGUGAGCUGUUGGUGUCACUACAAAGUUCUUCCAGCAGAGCGCGCUGUCACUGCAGUGGCAAGCAGGGCAACAUGAGCAGGACCAUAUGUGCACACUUACAGCUGGUCUGAUGAAAUGUAACAGCCGCCUCACUAAUGGUUAAAAUUACAAACCAGCACAAAAGGGAUAAAUACCAACAUAAGCCACCAUGUUCUGGACAGACACAUUACAAACACUAACAAAAAGUAACAUUUGCUUUUUGGAACAUGAGGUAGGUAACUUAACAACCUGCUUUCAGCACUAGGCAGUGCAUGCUGGGAAAUGUGGUCCGUUUUUCCACCGGAUACGUUGAAGGUUUCCAGCAGAGGCGCUGUUUCUCUCUCGGCAGCAGCGAACCACGAGUUAAUGUUAGUGACUGUUACGUUGACAGUCAAAUAUUGUUACAGACGACGUGUUCUGAUUAGCAAGAAAUACACAUUUCUGACUGAAAUAAAGGUUCAGAAAGGGAACAAAGCUGCAGCACGAAUCUCAGAGCUCGACAGAGGAAGUUAGAGAAUACGUGGUUCAGUACAGAGCAGAGGUGGAACGUAACCAAGUACAUUUAGGACUGUACUUUAGUACAGUUUAGAGGUACCUGUACUUUACUUGAGUAUUUCCGUGGCAUUUUCUGCUACUUCAGCAAGUGACUGACAGUGCUGUUGUUUAUUUAGCUUUUUAUUUUGUUUUUAUUUAUUUAUUCUUUAUUUCCUCAGUGUUCAUUUCUACAAUUGGCUGACAAUGUAUAUGUGAAAUUAUUUAACAGGUUAAAGAAUAUUUACCUUAAAUGUUCUUUAAUAAAGUUAUUUGUUUAAGGAAGCAGCCUUCCGAGAACCUUUGCAUAGUCACAUCGGUGCACAAUCCACAUAGAAAAGGUCUAUUUUCAUUCCAGCUCAAAAAUUCACUAUCGGCUGCCACAUCGGUAGUCGGUGAAUGUUUCCCCUCUAAAAUCGGUAUCGGUCAUAAAAAUCCCAUAUCGGUCGGGCUCUAGUUUAAAAUUUAACUUAAACGUCUGUGCUUUUAUUUUCAAUUGUGGAGGUUAGACAAUCAAGCCAGACAUGUUGUUUUUGUAUUGCCAUGGCCAGCUUAGCCAGCUAAAUCUUAAUAUCACAGCAUUGCUUUUGUUACUAUAAAUCAUAUUCUGGAUUCUGCAUCUUAUCUCUGCCAUUCCUGCUACUGUCACUUUAAAGGGGCACUCCAGCACUCCAGUGACUUUACACAUGAAAGUCAGUUUACCCCCCCCCCCCCAACAAGCAAUUAAAAAGCACACCAAACUUGCUGUUAAGUUUGGACUCAUCACAUUUGGAGACAUCUACACUAAACACACCAGAGCGGCUGGCCCAGACCUGGUUUCAACAGUGACAAAGAAAACAUCUUUGCAGCCAAGAUGAUUUUCUUGUUUAUCUGUGAUAAUGUCAUUCAUACAACUACUACUUAUGCCAACAUUCAUUAUGACGACCUCUUAUAUAACUGCCAUUCACUUCUCCAGAGCAGCAAUCUGGAAAUCAAAUGUAGGAUUCACAGGAUUCUACAGACGAUUCCAUGAUGAUGAUGUGUUGUUGAUCAAAGUAUUCUGUAAUUAUUUUCUUCUUUUGUAGAGAUUAGGUGUGCGUGUGUGUGGGGAGGGGGUGUCAUUUUGUACAGGAUCUGAUUACCUCUGUGUUUACAUGACGAUGACAGUGAGCCAUAUUCAAUGUGAAAUCCCCUUCUUAUCAAGAGGAAAGGGCCAUACAGAUGCUGAAAGUUUUUUUCUUUUACCACUUACUGAAUCAUUUCUUUAGUGUUCCAGUAGCAAGCUUACUGUCUGUGUGUUUGGGAGGAGCAGCAGAGCAGGAACAACAUGAAACCAAGGUGAACCGGGGGAAAUGGGAAGAUAUGCACAUAGGGAAUCUUUACUCAAAUGAAAACCUCGAUGACUCUUCAGACAAGAUGACUCACUGGCUUCCCUGAUGGAGAUCCAAAAUGGCUGCCAGAGAAUGGCCAAAAUUUGAAGCUGUGGUGUCAAAAGCAACCAAUGUGAGACAUAAACAAAAAGGUAGAAAAUGGAGAGAUCAGGGCUGCCAAUAUUGAAACAAAAUCUUCACCAAACUGAAAUGUCAUUUUCUACUUGUUUGGAUGGGAUCUGUGACAAAGUUUCAAUUAAAAAAAUUAGAAAUUCACGUUUGAAAAUGCAUUAUUACUGCCAAAACGUGCAAAUGAAAUUGCUGUAGUAGCAUGCAGUAAACAAGAUAACAUAGUGAAAUGCAAGAUGUGGCAGAAGAAGCCAUAGGCUUAUACUGCCCCCCCCCCCAAAACCAAGAAUAGAAAAUAAAAUUUAAGAAUUAAAUAUGAAAAACAUGAAUAGGAGACACAAAAAAUAAAUAGUGCAAUGCAGCACCAAUCAGCUCACUAGAAUCAUAUUAAAAAGGAAGAAUCAAUGUUUUUCAACAUGAAUUAAUUUCACUGAACAAGUUAAUUUUUCAUGGUCAUUAGCCACAAGGAUAUAUUUCUAAUUUUAAAAAUCACAGGCUGCAAUACAAUUUUCAAAUUUGAAAAUGAAAUGUCCAUUUUUUCUAGUUUGCAUUCACUUUCAUUAUCAUAAUGCCAGUGUUAUGCUCGACAGUUAUUUGUUAACAGAAUUCAUUUUAGAUUUUUAAAUUUGGAUUUAGUCACACACAAAUGGAAAAUGAAAUUUCAAUUUUACGUAAGAUUUCAUUUUUUAGAACUGGCAGCACUGGACCUUCGUAGAGGACAACCUUGGACGUAAUGCUGCUGAAAACCCAUGUAAUUCCAACCGGUGGUGUGCUUGAGCUGGCUCUGUGUGAUUGGUUUUUUUCCUCAGGAAGAGAUGGGAAAUGCAGUCUAUAAAAUCAGGGUCUCCCAGACAUGGUGGUCUGUUACUCAAACUGUGUGUGUGCGCGAGAGUCUAUGUGUUAUAAAGUUUGUAUGCGUUUCAUAUGUAUAUAUUACCAUAAUGGAAGAUGAACUGUGCGUGUGAGGUCUCUAUAAAGUGCUUCCUGAGUCCCUUGUUUUCUAUGUCGGGCCUUUCCUCAGUACGGUCUAGUAGCCUCAUAGAGUCAUUCUGUAUAUUAGCGCUCCACUCAUACCUGCGACAGGUCUCUUGUGUUUGUACAGAAAAUGGUUGAGGGUGUUCCAUGACGCAUGCAGACACAGUAUUAGUACUUAUGAAUCUAUAUCUCAGUUGAAGACAUGUAUUUGGUUUAUUUAUGCUCUUAUUUAUUGAUUUUUUUUUAAACUAUGAGAUUCUGUUGAAGUGGUCUGUCAUGCUCUUCUGAUCUUACGUUGUAUUGUAAAGAGAUGAUUAUAUGUCCAUAACUAUUGAUGAACCCAUAAUAAAAUUAACUAUCAACUCUU